UCUUCAUUUCCGUCUUCUGCUUCGAAAUGAACAUGCUGGGCAGAGCAGAGUUUGGUGUGAGCACAUUUUAUGCAGCUAGUCAUCCAAAUGAUAAAUGUGGGCCUAAUGGGCUUCCACUAACACCAAAUUCCAUUAAAGUUCUUGGCAGAUUCCAGUACCUCACAACUAUUGAGCAUCCAUGGCUUUGUCGCUACAUAGAUAUUGCAAAGUCUAAACAUGAGCGAAUGCUUGUAGUAACAGAGUACUAUAAAACAACACUUCAGAGUCAGCUGGAGUCUGGAAAAUAUUCAAGUGAACACAGCAUAGUUCACAUUGCUUCAGUUAUUGACGGACUGUCUUACCUACACAGUAAAGGCAUUACUCAUCACAAUCUCUCAACUGACAACAUUCUUCUUCAGACUGAUACUGACAUUAAGUUAGCAGAAUAUGGCAUGUACUAUAUGACAGACUGGGGAGCAGAUGUUAAUUUUCCCAUUGGGCUGCCUCAGUACAUGGCCCCUGAGAUAGUGUGUAGUGGACCAGUGGAGAUAGACGAUGAAACAGAAGAUAGUCUUCAGCCAGAGAUUGGACCCAAAGUGGACACCUGGUCUCUGGGCAUCAUAUUGCUGGAACUUAUCCUGAAAAGGCAGUUGUGGCGUGACAUAUCACUUCCAGAAGUCCUUCAGAAACUUCUGAACCUUAUAAACUCAGAAAUGUCUCCACUUGACUUCCUGGCUAAUGAAGAAGGAUUCUCCGACCAGCUAAAGACACUUUCGAAGGAUCUGCUGGAUCUUCUUAGGUUUUGUCUGACCCUAGCACCUUCUCGAAGACCUACUGCAGAGGAACUUAAGAAACACACAAUUUUUAGAGAGGAGAGGCAGAGAAUGACACCACAUAAAAAUGGAUUCACCAUGUGCACCAUGAAGCUUCGUUGUAAAGAUCUGGAGCUACCUUCAUAUGAUGAUGAAAUAUAUGAUCCAGAUCAUCUGUCUCAGCGAGGAAUGGCUGAAGUAUACUACCUGUGGCAGCUGGCAGGUGGAGAGCUGGAGGCAGUGUUGAAAAAAGCUGGUAUGGUCAAGACACAACCUCCAGUCAAUCUUCUGCCUUGCUGUGGUAUACCAGAUGGUGACAUGUUUGGUCAAGAACGUGACAAAGCAGAGUUAUUAGACAGAACUGUUGUCAUUUUGCCACAGGAACAACUUCGCAAUCGAUUAAAAGACAUUGAAGAAAGAGCCUACUAUCCACUCCUUGAAGAUGAGUAUGCAGACAACAGUCAACUCCCAACUUCUCCCAGCUCCUGUGAUCUGACAAUGACUGCCAGUUUGCCUCUUGUCAUUCGAGAAAAGGAUGUGGAGUACCAGUUUCAUCGCAUCAUCCUUUAUGAGCGCUUACUAAGGGCAUAUCCAUACAAGCGGCCCAACAUUUGGAAGGAGGCUCGUGUGGACAUUCCACCGCUUAAUCGUGCACAUGUGUGGGCAGCAUUGCUUGAGGUUGAGGGGGACAUUGAAAACAUUUACAGCAGCAUUGAUAAGGAAACACCAAUACCAACUGACAGACAGAUUGAGGUGGACAUUCCUCGUUGUCAUCAGUAUCAUGAACUUCUGUCGUCGCCCACUGCUCAUGCCAAAUUCAAGCGGCUGCUGAAGGCUUGGGUUGUAAGCAAUCCACAGUAUGUCUACUGGCAAGGCCUUGACUCACUCUGUGCGCCUUUUCUUGCCCUCAACUUUAACCAUGAAGCUCUUGCCUAUGCUUGCCUUUCACGGUUCAUUCCUAAAUACCUGAACAAAUUCUUCCUCAAAGAUAACUCUCCCAUUAUACAAGAGUACUUGGCAGUGUUUGCGCACUUGAUUGCAUUCCAUGACCCAGAACUCAGCAACCAUUUGGAUGGCAUAGGCUUCAUUCCAGAUCUAUAUGCCAUUCCAUGGUUCCUGACAAUGUAUGCACAUGUAUUCCCAAUGCACAAAAUUCUUCACCUCUGGGAUACAUUGCUACUUGGCAAUUCAUCAUUCCCUCUGUGUAUUGGUGUGGCUAUUCUCUAUCAGCUGCGGGACCGACUCCUUAGCUUUGGCUUCAAUGAGUGCAUCUUGCUUUUCUCAGAUAUGCCAGAAAUUGACAUCGAAAAAUGUGUGCAAGACUCCAUCAAGAUUUUCUGCAGCACUCCAAAGAGUGCAACAUACCGACAACAUGCGUGCAAACCCAGAAAACAGAAAAAUGAUGACCGACCCAAUGUGUCAUACUACAGUCGAGAUUACAACGAGCAGCCUCAGAAUGAUCUGUCCAUGGAACCCAUAGCAAUUGAAGAGCUUAAGGCAGAGAAGUGCCCGCGAAUAUCAGCCGAGGAUAUGAUAGAGCUUGGAGAGUUUCUUGGUGCCCCACUUUCUCGCAGCCCCACCAAGAAACGAGCCAACAGUAAGCCCAUGAUAAUCAUUGUGGAUGUCCGAAGUGCUGAUGAAUUUCGCAAGGGUAUGGUACAAGGCAGCAUAAACAUUCCCUUCAUGACUGCAUUUUCACCCGAAGGAGAGUUGUGUCCCUGCCCAGCUGUUACCACCCUCAACAGUCGUCGAUCACAAGUUAUAGUUGUUGUUGGAAACCGUGGUCGCAAUGCUUCAAAUUUUGCAAAUGAGCUAGUGAGGCUGAACUACUCAAGAGUGUGUGUGCUGCACAGGGGCAUAGACAUACUGAAGACAACAGGCUUGCUUACAGUUGCGCCAGCAGAUAUUUGAUUUUUAUCCUUAACAUUCCUAUCAAAAUCUCUUGAUCCUACAACAAAGGUCACACAGAGGUCUAUUUGUACAGACUGAGCUUGUGGUACAGUAAGCACUAUGUCAACAGUUGCUGCAUGCAUUUAUCUGGGUAUUGAAGUACAACUGUAGGUCUUAAGAAUUAAGAAUAGGGAUUAUGGCCACAUCUAACAGUGCUUUAUGCCUAAUUUUGUGCAAUAAGAGAAACAUUAGAAAUGCCUGGAAACUAAGCAUGAAAGCUGAAAUUUGUACUCUUCCAUAUAGAAACCAUGUUUCAGCUAAUCCUAUUUUCAUGGUUUUGAAAAAAAAAAAUUCAAUUUUUAUCAAAUCUAUUUGGUUCCAGAAAGAAUGUCUUUUAUAUGUAUGCUGUAAUUUCAUAAGUGCUUACAAAUAGCCUAUAGUGCUGCAA